AUGCAUUGGCACGCCAUCCUGAAGCUCACCCGCCGUGUGAAAUGGAAGCUGCUUGCAGCUAAGUUGCGGGGGCGUGGCUUCUUCGGCCAUUUGGCUUUGCCGCAGCUGAACGCGGACUUCUGGCGUUGCCUCCGGUACCUUGUGGCCCCUUCGCUUCGCAAGGGCCAGGCGGAUCUGGGCCCGGACCCGUACUUUUCGUCGCGAUUCCCAUUGACCGAGAUGGAAACACGCAUGAAGAAGUUCUUCCAAACAGCGUUUCGCCCAAGCGACAUGUACAACACCAUCAGAAGGCUAGGUGCCCGAAUUUCCUCGUACCAAGAUCUGGUGGCUUGGGCGCAGGAACAUGGUGACCCCUGGUUUGAGCAGUUCAUGGCGCGCCAGGGGCCGAAAAUGCCUGCUUUGUUUGGCAGCUGGCAGGCCCUGAUGGCCAAACCCAUGUCUGACUACCUGCAGCGGGAGAAGCGAUUGCAGCUGUGGAACGCAGCAGUGCAGGCUCCCUGCGCUUGCCCUACGCCACAGCGCUUGUCGCAAGCCUUGAGCUCUCUGAUGGACCACCACCAAAAAGACCCAGGAAGAUGGGCCUUCUGCGUCAAGAAAUUGGUGCGUGUUUCUUUACGGCGAGAAAAUUGGUGCGUGUUUCUUUACGGCGAGAGCAAUGCCGGAAAGACUGGGCUGACACGGCCACUGAUUCACAUCUUUGGCGAUCGGACUUUUCUCCGACCAAACCGUGGCGACACCUUUCCGUUGCAAGGACUGGAGCAACACCUUGUGGGGGUGUGGCAGGAUUGGAGGCUUGCGACCAGCCCCAUCCCAUGGGAUACCUUGCUGCUGUUGCUGGAGGGCGAAAGCGUGUCAGCAGCUGUGAAGGGCGGAGCUCCAGUAAUUGUGCACCAUCCUCCACCAUUCAUCAUCACCAAGCUGGCUGCAUCGCACUCAACAAGUGUUCCGCAAUGCAUUGGCCCUGUGCCAAGCCGUGCACCUACUGAACGCCAAAGCAUUGGAUCAGCAAAUUGCCAGCAUGUGCCUCACGCAGCCAGACCCCGCACUGUCCCUGCGCACAGUCACGACCUCAGAACUCUUGCAUGCAGAUCGCCAGAUUUGGGGCACAAUCGUAGACCUUCUGCAUCGCAAAUGGUCCAUGGACGAUGCCUUCCACGAACUCACGCAUGGCCGCAUGGAGAUCCAUUCGCUCCUCAUGCUGCGACCUAA